AUGUCUUUAGAGCGUCUUAGGUGACCUGCCAAGUCAAGUGUUUGUGUAGUUGUAGGAGUGAGAGGCAGUGUGUAUGAGCACAAGUCACUGCUUCCUCUCCACUGCUCUCAUUGUAACAUCAGCUCUGCUCUGACUUCAUGUUUCUACCUGGACAUCAGGGAUCUAGACCAUUUCACACCUGUUCCUACAGAAGGGACCCAUCACUGCUCCGAUAACCUGCCUGACUGCUUCUACACAGCUGCCCCAGGCAUUGUUGUGGUAGGUACAAGCUUUUAAGAAGUUUGUAUAGCAACAUGCUGUAGUUAAUCUGGAAAGUGAAAGAGUAAAAGUACGUAGAUCUAAAUUCAUACAGACAACAUUGCUGGGAGCUGAGACUUUCUGUAGUCAUUGAUAUGGAAGUUGGAAGAGACGUCUCACAAGUGGGUUUGAUAUUUUGAUUUUCCUUUUUCUGUGCUAAGGAAGAAACACUACAAGACUUGGUUGACAGGUUGGAAAGAAACAGAUUCUUUGAGAGCUGGGACCAGACUUGGGAUGAAGAUGGAAUUGUUGAACUCAUCUCCAUAAGACACCCUACAGGAACUUUUUACUAAACCAAAUUUCUGCUGGAUACAACCAUAAUAUCAUUGUCUUACUACUACAACAAAACCCGCUUUCAUAAACAAUGUCAUGGUUGUCCACUUGAGAUGAAGAUGUUCAGAUAUCUUCUGCACCCUGGAGGAACUAACAUUCCACUUCUUAGAAAUGUUCUUUAAGACUAAUCAUAUUGGUUUAGUAGUGUCAAAGUCAAUUUGUCUUCCAAAAACAACAACAUUUAUAGACAUCACCGUGGAGCCUACCAGGAAAUGGGAGAACAUUAAGGCCUCUGGAAUACUGAAGUCAGUGAAGAACAGUGUUUAUCUCAUGCUUGUCUUGACCACUGGGGUCUCCUUGAUUCCACAUCAGAUCUUACAUUUAUAUGACAUGAGGCACAGGAGCAAGAUGCAUUUUUUCCGGAGUUAUUCCUACGAGAUUCAAGUGGACCAGAAAGGCGAGGACAUUGCCAGCAGCAUUCAAGGGAUCAGAUGGACCCCGCUUCCUGAUAUUGAAUCUCAAGAGGAGUACAGCCAAACCGUGAAACAGGUGGUGUCACAUAAAGUCUGGAGAGCAGCUAAAGUUCUGCGGACGUAUCUCCUUACCAUGUCGCCUGCACUGAUGCGUGAUAGAAAACACCAUUUUCGUAAUCACAGGCAGUGCUGUUCAGGGAAGGAGCUCGUGGACUGGUUAAUUGGCAUUAGCCCGGGUUUGCAGUCACGCAGCCAGGCUGUAGGAAUAUGGCAGGUACUGGUGGAAGAAGGAGCCCUGGUACAUGUUAGACAAGAACCAAAUUUCCAGGACAAGGAUUCACAGUUCUACAGAUUCUUUAAAGUUGAUCUGUUCUUAGAGUCGGCUCUUGGCGACCGAGAUACCGAGGAUGAACUACAAGAAUCUCUGGUGUUCCUUGCACAACUUGGACCAGCAGCUUUGCUUACAAUGAUUCUUCGCAAGCCUCCUUGUCAGCGCACUGAAGAAGAGCUGGAGGUGAUAUUCGAAGAGUUGCUACAUAUAAAGGCAGUUUCCCAUCUUUCCAACUCAGUAAAGAAGGAAUUGGCGUCAGUGCUGGUGUUUGAAUCUCACUCAAAAGCUGGAACAGUCUUGUUUAGCCAGGGUGAUAAAGGCACCUCUUGGUACAUUAUAUGGAAGGGUUCUGUGAAUGUGGUUACCCAUGGCAAGGGUUUGGUCACCACACUUCAUGAAGGAGAUGACUUUGGACAACUGGCUCUUGUCAACGAUGCCCCAAGAGCUGCAACCAUAGUAUUGAGAGAGGACAACUGCCACUUCUUGAGAGUUGACAAACAUGACUUCAACCGGAUUCUCAAGGAUGUAGAAGCCAACACAGUGCGACUAAAGGAACAUGGUAAAGUGGUAUUAGUGCUGGAAAAAACUUCUCACCUAUCUGGGAAUAACUUACCAACUUCAGUGCCUGGAAAUUAUAAGUACACUGUUAUGUCUGGAACAGCUGAUAAAAUCCUGGAGCAUUUGCUGGAGACAAUGAGGUUGGAUUCAUCUCUCAAUAACACAGAAGAUUCAUUUGCUGGUGAGUUCCUUCUGACACACAGCGUAUUCAUGCCAACAAAUCAACUGUGCCAAGCGUUGCUCCAUCAAUUCAAUGUGGAGCCAUCUGAAAUGAAUGAGCCUGAGAAGAUUACAUAUUCUCUCCACAAGAAGCAGAAUAUAGUGCGACUUGUCAGUCUCUGGGUAGAGCUCUAUGGCCGGCUGCUGGAGGCAGAACCAAGUGCAAAAAGUUUUCUGGAGAAAAUCUCAGAAUACAUCAGCAGGGAUCCUCGUUUGCUUCCAUUUGUGAAGGAAAAUUUUCAGGAUCGAAGGAAGACGAGAACACUGGACAAUUGUGGUGGAAACAUCUCACCUCAAAUUAAGAUUUCCAACUAUGGGAGCCUUCUGUCCAUUCAAGAUGAAGAUCAGCUUGUUAAUCCAUACACUAUCCAGGCCGACGAUAAAGUGCCUUAUGACAUAUAUCUACCAAACCAUUCUUGCGUUACCGGUAUGCUUGCGGUAAAUGCCACCGUUCAAGAAGUGAUAUCAUCGCUUGGCGCAAAGAACGGCUUCCACCGAGACUUAGUCUUAAUUAAAGUGAACUCUUCUGGAGAAAAAGUGUGCCUGAAACAUGAGGACAUUGGUGCCUUCACCUCUCUAGGAGUAAAUGAACGUCUUUUUAUCUGCAGUGCUCCAGACAUGAUCAAUCUGACUCCUUUACCUGAGCAAAUGGGACCAACCAGCAGUAAUUAUGACAUCCUAGAUCUCAUCAGCUCCAAGGACCUGGCUCAGCACAUGACAGAAAGUGACUGGAACCUCUUUAAGAGUGUGCACCAGGUGGAGUUGCUUUAUCACACAUUUGGGAAACAGCGGUUCCGUAACAGCACAACUGCUAAUCUGGAGAGGUUUAUAAAACGAUUUAAUGAGGUGCAGUUCUGGGUAGCAACCGAAGUCUGUCUGUGCCAAGACGACGAGAGGAGGACCCUGCUGUUGCGCAAAUUUAUCAAGCUGGCAGCACAUCUGAAGGAGCAGAAAAAUCUGAAUUCUUUCUUUGCUGUUAUGUUUGGCCUCAGUAACACAGCAGUGAGCCGAAUGUCCAGAACGUGGCAGCGGUUACCCAACAAAACCAGAAAGUUAUAUUCCAUCUUUGAAAGGCUCAUGGACCCCUCCUGGAAUCAUAGAUCCUACAGACUUGCUGUAGCCAAGCUCAGCCCUCCUCUCAUUCCAUUCCUUCCUCUUAUUCUAAAAGAUCUUACAUUUAUCCAUGAGGGCAAUAGAAGUACAUUGGACAACCUGGUAAACUUUGAGAAGAUGCGAAUGAUUGCAAAGACUAUCCAGAUGUUUCACAAUUAUCGCAGCCAGAGCUACAUUCCUCUUUCGCCUCUGCGGUCACGACCACUACACGUCCUGGAUGAAGCCACUCAUGUUCGGAUGUCCACAAGUUCAGAAUACUCUGUAAAUUUCAGAAGUCCAGCAGCCACAUGGGCCUAUAUCCAGAAUAUGAAGGUGAUCGACAACCAAAAAAGAUUAAUGGAGUUGUCACGCAGCUUGGAGCCAUCCUGAUCCACAUAAACUAUAAGGAUGUAUAUGGAAAUGCAAGGGUGGUCAAGAAUUUAAUCCCUGCAUCAGGGACAGAGGACUUUAAUGGACCACAGCCAGUCCAAUAUCUGGACUCUUCCGAUGUAGAGGGUGUACACUAACUCCUCUACUCCACUGAUACUGGAUCAAUACUUCAUUCCCUCUCCCGAGUUUAUAAUAUUUGUAGAUCAGGGAAAUGUAUAGAUUAGACCACAAACAUUAUUCUUCACUCCUAAUGGAUUAUAGGAGGUGAUGGACUUUUUAUGUUUGGUCAUAUUUGUAUUUUGUUGUAUUUUUUAAAAUAUAUCUUGGUAAAUUAAUGCAGGAACAGGUUUUUUGAGCUUCAAUUGUUCUACUUCACAUAUUAAUGUAUAUAAUAAAAAAAAAGUAUAUUAAGAUCCUAAUGAAUGCAAAUUGUUCUAGAAGUAUGUGCCAUUCAUUUUAUGUAUAUUCGAUAUAGAUCUCUCAAAGAGAGAACAUAUAUACCGUAGUUCUUUCCUUGUAGAAGAGAAUGCUGGUGCACAGGAAAGGGAACAUUGAGCCCGUAUGAAGAGAAGGCCCUUACCUACACAUUUUCCAAGUAGCAGAAAAACAUGAAUGGUUUCUGGAAGAUAGGAAUCAGAUCUGUAGUCUCAGAAAUGGCACAAUUCACUUCAA